GUUUUUAUGGGUGUUAGUUAAAGUUAAAACUAAAAAAAAAACAUUAAAACGAAAACGUUAAAACGGACAGAUGAAGUGCUGGCUAUUUCCAAAAUAUUUAAGUAAAAGAGAAAUUUUACAUUAUUGUGGUUUAAUGUAACAGUUAGUUUUUAUUCUAGAUUAAUUAUAAUUGGAGAAUUAUAACCUUUAUAAUGUGUUCAAACAUUUAUUGGCGAUUUAAGUAAACUUCCUUAAAAAAUUAUUUUGAUGUAAACAAGCUGCAACUGUUGAUAAACUUAUUUAUUAUGAUACAAGGAAACUGAGUGACAAUAACGGGAAAAUGGUUCCAAUUCCAUCUGAGUACCAAUAUGAUUUUUGGGAUAAGACAUCUCCAGAGUGUACCAUUACAUUAACUUGUUUGAUGCCCAAUGGAAUCAUAAUUUUGUUAAAUAAUACUAACUACAAUGCAACUCUUGCUGAAAUCAAGGAGGACCUAUGGGAGGAAGCGGCUAAGUUUCCCCUCUUUGGUAAGCUUCACGACAUGUCAGUAUAUAUUUUUACGUACAUCAAUUCUAUGGCAGAAAGAGAGAAACUUAAUGACGAGUCAAGAAGGUUAUGUGACAUUAGACCUACAGGAGCCAUCCUCAUAGUUUCAGAAUGUAGAGGUGAAAAGGCAGAUGAUACACUCAAUAUAUCUAUAGGACAUCUGAUUGGAAAACGUCUUCAAGAAUUUGACUCGCUUAACAGUUCAGAAAUCAAUGACUUUCGUUUCAAAAUGAGACGAAUGGGGGACGAACUAGCCCAACAUAGAUCAAAGCAAACCUGGGUAGAUCGAUUGAAGUAUCAGUUUCCACCUAGACUUUUACAUGAGAGUUAUGUAUUAGAACAAGCAAUCAAGAGACAUAUAAAAAUUGCAACGAAGUUUGAUCACGAAUACGAUUUUUAUGAAAAGAAAAACGAGAAGGAGAUCAUGCAAAGUAGUUACACGUUUAAUGUACCAGCUGUUAUAAAGCCCAAAAAACUAUUAGAAAUGUUUUUGGCCAAAAGAGCUACGACGUUAAAUAUUCGAAAUGAAAGAGUUAGUGAAUAUGUUUUGAAAGUUUGUGGACAGGACGAAUUUCUAAUAGGAGAUAAUAAAAUUAUUGAGUUUCAGUAUGUCCAGGAUUGUAUUUCUAGAAAUAUUAUGCCUACCUUAAUCACUUUACAUAUAGAUAAAGUACCAGUAUUCAAGUCUAACGAUUACGAAAGUUUGGAAAUUUUUGAAAAUAAGAAAUUCAAUUCGGCUGGAUUUGGUUCAACUAAUACGUUACGAAAAAAAAAGAAUAGUAUUUCUUCCUGGUCUAUACAGGACAAUUACUUAGUUAAAAUAUGUACAGUGUGUAAAUUAAAUUGUGAUCUUAAGAAAACAUCCGAGAUAGGCAUUCAAGCAGGCCUCUUUCACGGCGGAAAAUCUUUAUGCCAACCGAAAAAAACUUUGGACUGUUCUAUAGAUGAUAAAUACGAGUGUUCAAUUGAUACUGAACUAGUCUUUGACAUAGAUGUGUGCAAUAUACCAAGAAAUGCUAAGUUGUGUUUUGUUGUUUAUGAAGUUAAUAAGUAUGCUAAGGGAACUAAGACCAAAAAAACUAAAGAUUCAAGCAAGGAAAAUAACUUUUCAAAUAACCCAUUAGCUUGGGCUAAUACGUCUGUAUAUGAUUUCAAAGGACAGCUGAAAAGUGGGGAUAUGACUCUGUACAUGUGGGCAUUCGCAGACGACAUGAGUUCAGAUGAUGUAUUACAUCCCCUCGGAACAGUAGUUAGUAAUCCUUAUAGUGAACAUUCUACUACACUUACUCUUCACAUCAAAAGUUAUGCAACUGAUCAAACUGUAGUUUUUCCAUCUAUCGACACAAUUGUAAAUAAUGUAGACCUUAGAGAUAAUGAAAAUGAGACUGAAAAAAAUGAUGAAAUCACUAGCUGUAAAAAAUUAUUGAAUGAAACGGACAGUUUGUACGAAGCUCACGAUCAGGAACGUAAAAAAAUAUGGGCUCUAAAAAACCAUUGGCGUAAAACUGAACCGGAAGUUUUACCUAAACUUUUAUAUUGUAUAGACUGGGAUAAACGUGAGGAAGUUAGCGAAGUUGUCGCAAUGCUCAAAGUAUGGCCUAAGCUACCGGUUGAAAAGGCCUUAGAACUAUUAGAUUACGCAUAUGCUGAUCAGGAAGUUAGAAAAUUUGCUGUAGAGUGUUUAUAUGACGUGAGUGAUGAAGAUAUUCUCUUAUACCUUCUUCAGCUAGUGCAAGCGCUUAAACAUGAACUAUACUUAGAAUGUGAUCUAGUAAAUUUUCUUCUUAGAAGAGCACUUAGUAAUCAACAAAUAGGACAUUACUUAUUUUGGCAUCUUAGGUCGGAGAUGGCAGUUCCAGCAGUUUCUGUUCGAUUUGGCCUUAUACUAGAAGCUUACUGUAGAGGAACGCAGGAACAUAUACAAAUUUUACAAAAACAACUUGAGUGCCUUGAGAGAUUGAAAAUAUGUAGUGAAUUGGUUAGACAAAGUAAAGAUAAAGAAAAAGCCAAGGCAGCACUCAAGGAAUACCUUAGUGAAUCAGUCACAGAAAUGGCCAUUACACAUACAAGAAGCCCUUUAAAUCCAAUUUAUAGAUGUACUAAGAUAAAGAUAGAUAAAUGUAGAGUAAUGGACAGUAAGAUGCGACCACUUUGGAUAGUGUUCGAGAAUUCAGAUGCAUAUGGAGAAGACGUCUACAUAAUUUUUAAGAAUGGUGAUGAUCUCAGACAAGAUAUGCUAACGUUACAAAUGAUUAAAAUUAUGGAUAAGUUGUGGAAAAAAGAAAAUCUGGAUUUACGGAUGAAUCCUUAUGGCUGCAUAUCAUUGGAAAAUCGUGUGGGUAUGAUCGAAGUAGUAUUAAACGCGGACACGAUAGCAAACAUUCAAAAAGAAAAAGGGAUGUUCACAGCAACUGCUGCCUUUAGAAAGGGUCCCAUCUUAGCAUGGUUAAAAGACCACAAUACUUCUGAGACUGCCUUAAAUAAAGCUGUUACUGAAUUUACUCUAUCAUGCGCUGGUUAUUGUGUGGCCACUUAUGUGCUGGGUAUUGCUGAUAGACACUCGGAUAAUAUUAUGGUUAAACAAAAUGGACAGUUAUUUCAUAUUGAUUUUGGUCACAUUUUGGGACAUUUCAAAGAAAAAUUUGGUUUUAAAAGAGAGAGAGUACCAUUUGUCUUAACCCACGAUUUCGUGUAUGUGAUCAACAAAGGACAAAACGCUAAGUCAUUGGAAUUUAAAAUUUUUCAGGAGUGUUGCGAGAAGGCAUUCAUGGUGUUGCGAAAGCAUGGAAACCUUUUUAUAUCACUAUUUGCAAUGAUGAUUUCGACGGGAUUACCAGAAUUAAGUUCUGAAAAAGAUCUUAACUACUUAAGAGAUACUUUGGUGAUGAAGAUGUCUGACGACGAAGCCUUACGCCAUUUUAGGUCAAAGUUUGAUGAAGCUCUUUCAAAUUCUUGGAAGACUUCUGUGAAUUGGGCUACUCAUAACAUAGCUAAAAAUAACAGAGCGUAGUCUUAAUUUUUGUUUACAUUUGAUUAUGUUGCCAAGCUGAUAAGAAUAAAGUGCCAACAUGUAGUAGUAAUAGUACAUUUAUACACUAAGUUACGAAAUUAUUUGUAAAUAAAUUUUG